AUGUUAGCAGUAAAGGCAGUCGUUAUAUUAUCUACUAUUAUACUGCAAGAGUCAUGGAGCGUUGAAUACAGUUUCCCUCUGAACUUCAAGUUUGGUGCUUCUACAUCUUCUUAUCAAAUUGAAGGAGGUUGGAAUGCUGACGGUAAAGGUGAACAUAUGUGGGAUAGAUUCGUACAUAAUCAUCGCGAGAAGAUAAAAAACAACGCCACAGGUGACGUCGCUGCCGAUUCUUACCAUUUAUGGCAAGAAGAUGUGAGGAUUGCAGCUGAACUUGGCUUACAAUUUUACAGAUUCUCCAUCAGCUGGCCCAGAAUACUACCAACAGGUUUUUCAAAUAACAUAAACAACAAAGGAAUUCAGUACUAUAGCAAUCUAAUAGAUGCUCUUCUUGCAAAAGGCAUUGAGCCAAUAGUUACAUUGUACCAUUGGGAAUUACCAGUCAAAAUUCAAGAUGUCGGUGGAUGGACAAACCCUUAUAUAGUGGAUUGGUUCGGAGAUUACGCAAGAGUUGUUUUUUCCGUAUUUGCUGGCCGAGUUAAAACCUGGAUAACUAUAAAUGAGGCGAUAUCCAUCUGCGACUAUUCCUAUAAUACAGGCAUAUUUGCCCCAGGGAUAAAGGAGACUGAAUUUGCCCCCUUUAUUUGCAACAAAAAUGUAUUACUUGCUCAUGCGAUGGCGUAUAGGAUAUAUGAAAGAGAGUUUAAGCCGCUUUAUGAAGCCCAAAUUUCAUUGGCAAAUUAUGAAUUGUGGAUUGAACCAGCUACACCAGAUGAUGAGGCGUUGGCAGAACUUGGAAGAGAGCACUCUAUAGGUAGAUUUUCUAAUCCUAUAUAUUCAAAAGAAGGUGGGUGGCCACCGUCAGUGGAAAAGAUGAUGUUGGAAUACAGCUUAAAACAAGGUUACAAUCGGUCCAGACUGCCGGAUUUUACUAGAGACGAAAUACAAUUUAUUAAAGGUACAUCAGAUUUCUACAGCAUGAACCAUUACACAACAAAUUUGAUACGACCAGCUAAACCUGGCGAAGAUACGGGUAUCUGGAUUGUGACUGGAUCUCCAGAGCUGAAUGCGGUUUUAAUACAGCCUCCAGGAAGUGAAAAUUUCGGGCCUUUCCCCUUAUUAGUGGUAUACCCUAAGGGAAUUCGCAGACAUAUGUCAUGGAUUAGGCAGAAAUAUGGUAACAUUGAUAUAAUGGUACUGGAGAAUGGAUUUUCCAAAACACGCUCUGGUUUAAACGAUUUAGAUAGGAUUAAUUAUAUUGGAAAAUAUUUAGAGCAGAUUCUUCUUGCAAUUAAAGAAGAUAAUGUGAGUGUCACCGGAUACUCAAUGUGGUCGCUCAUUGAUAAUUUUGAAUGGUUGGAUGGUUUCACUACAACAAUAUGCGCAUGCGCAGUAGUAGAGAGUAAGCUAUUCCCGCCAGGCUUCAAGUUUGGUGCUGCCACAGCUGCCUACCAAGUAGAAGGGGCGUGGAAUGUUAGCGAUAAAUCGGAGAGUGUUUGGGAUCACUUUGUUCACUCGAGGCCAGAGAAUGUCGUUGAUUUUUCCACUGGAGACGUAGCAUGCGACAGUUACAACCAGUGGAAGAGAGAUGUGGAAAUUGCAGAAGAUUUGGGCCUGCAUUUCUAUAGGUUUUCUAUAGGUUGGACAAGAUUGAUGCCCAAAGGAUUUUCAAACUAUGUAAGCGAAGAUGGAAAGAAUUACUAUAAUAAUUUAAUUAACGCUUUACUUGACAAAGGAAUAGAACCUGUUAUAACUAUGUACCAUUGGGACUUACCACAGUCUUUGCAAGAUCUGGGAGGAUGGACCAACCCUCUAAUAUCAGACUGGUUUGCUGAAUACGCUCGUGUUGUCUUCUCGUUGUUUGCUGACCGCGUCAAAAUCUGGAUAACUUUGAACGAGCCUAUUGUUUUCUGUGAGGUUGCCUACAGUAUGGGGGUGCAUGCACCAGGAAUUGUUAGUCCAGGGAUCGGUAACUUCAUGUGCAAUAAGAACACCUUGCUUGCUCACGCGAAGGCAUGGAGAAUAUACGACAAGGAGUUCAGACCCAAAUAUCAUGGAAAAGUAUCUCUCACCAACCAAAUUUUAUGGGUGGAAGCAAGGAAUGAAAGUGACGAAGAUACAGCAGAACUUGCAAGGCAACUUAUGGCCGGGAUGUACUCACACCCUAUUUUUUCUAAAGAAGGUGGUUGGCCACCAAUGGUUGAGGCAAUAAUGGCUAAAAAGUCUAAAAAGGAAGGCCGAACCCAAUCUCGAUUACCACCAUUCACCAAGGAAGAAAUUAAUUUAAUUAAAGGAACAUAUGACUUCUACGGUUUCAACUACUACACAUCUCGUAUAGCUCACAAAGCACAACCGAGGGAACCUAUCGGAUUAUGGCCUUUAUUUGGAAAUCCAGAGUUUGAAAUUGUCAUGUCUACUCGUACAGAUUGGAAGUUGGCUGCUACCAAUUGGUUUUAUGUAAAUGCUCCCGGUUUCCGGCAUCAAUUACGUUGGUUGAAAAAAAAUUAUGGCGAUGUAGAAAUUUUUAUCACUGAAAAUGGUUUCGCUGGAUAUGAUUUUGGUUUAAAAGAUUACGAUCGCGUCCAAUAUUAUAAAGAUCAUUUAGAACAGGUUCUGCUUGCGAUCAAUGAAGACGGUGUCAAUGUUACACGGUAUACUGCUUGGACUAUGCUGGAUAACUUUGAAUGGAACGAUGGAUAUAGAUCCAAGUUCGGCCUUUAUCAAGUUGACUUCGAAGAUCCGAAACGCCCUCGCCAUCCGCGUGCCUCUGCACACUACUACAAACGAGUGAUCCAACACCACUCUUUCGAUAUUGACGGUGAUAAUAAAAUUAAUGAUGAACUG